AGUCAAAUUUUGGGUCUGAGGAGCGUCUCUGAGUUGGAUAGUUCGGAAACAUAGUGUGCUUGCUUUGCGUGCAAGUUUAAGUUCUAUCAUCAACAGAGCUAUAAAGUGUUACCCGCUGGGUUUGCUUGGUUUGUUUUUUUUUGGAUCGAGGUAGCCGACAUGGCUUUCCCUGUUGGCUCUGUUUUGAUGAAGUUGGGGAUGGUCUCCACUUCUGAUCACACCUCUAUAGUUUCGAUGAAUAUAUUUGUGGCUCUUUUAUGUGCUUGUAUCGUGAUUGGGCAUCUACUGGAGGAGAACCGAUGGAUGAAUGAGUCGAUUACGGCACUUGUUAUUGGUCUUUGUACAGGAGUUGUCAUUCUACUAUUUUCUGGGGGGAGAAGCUCGCGUAUUUUAGUCUUCAGUGAAGAUCUCUUUUUUAUAUAUCUUCUUCCUCCAAUUAUAUUUAACGCUGGUUUCCAGGUGAAAAAGAAGCAGUUUUUUCGCAACUUCAUGACAAUCAUGCUGUUUGGUGCUGUUGGUACAUUGAUUUCCUUUAUCAUCAUCUCACUAGGUGCCAGACAACUGUUUAAAAAGUUGGAUGUAGGUUCCCUCGAUAUAGGGGAUUAUCUUGCAAUUGGAGCAAUAUUUUCUGCAACCGAUUCUGUUUGCACCUUGCAGGUGCUCAAUCAGGAUGAGACGCCUUUACUCUAUAGUCUAGUAUUUGGGGAAGGUGUUGUUAAUGAUGCCACGUCAGUGGUGCUCUUUAAUGCAAUUCAGAGCUUUGAUCUCUCGCACAUCGACUCCAGAAUUGCUGUGCAGUUUGUCGGCAGUUUCCUUUAUUUAUUUAUAACAAGCACCUUGCUGGGAGUGAUUACCGGAUUGCUAAGUGCAUUCAUUAUCAAAAAGUUGUAUUUUGGAAGGCACUCUACCGAUCGUGAAGUUGCACUUAUGAUACUCAUGGCCUACCUUUCCUAUAUGUUGGCUGAGCUGUUCUAUUUAAGUGGUAUUCUCACUGUAUUCUUCUGUGGGAUUGUCAUGUCCCACUAUACCUGGCAUAAUGUGACUGAGAGUUCAAGAGUCACCACAAAGCAUGCUUUUGCAACAUUGUCAUUUAUUGCAGAGAUAUUUAUUUUCCUUUAUGUUGGUAUGGAUGCAUUGGACAUUGAGAAGUGGAGGUUUGUGAGCAGUAGUCCUGGGAAAUCAGUUGGAGUGAGUUCAAUACUUCUGGGCUUGGUUCUGGUGGGGAGAGCAGCUUUUGUCUUUCCAUUAUCAUUUUUAUCCAACUUAGCUAAGAAGUCUCCUCAUGAAAAAAUUCACCUCAAACAGCAAAUUACGGUAUGGUGGGCUGGUCUCAUGCGAGGGGCAGUAUCUAUGGCACUUGCUUAUAAUCAGUUUACUCGGGCAGGCCAUACUCAAUUGCGUGGGAAUGCUAUCAUGAUCACCAGCACCAUCACUGUUGUCCUUUUCAGCACAGUGGUUUUUGGAUUGAUGACUAAACCUUUAAUUAGGCUCCUGCUGCCUUCAUCAAAACCCUUGAGCAGCAUGCUGUGCUCUGAGCCAACAACUCCAAAAUCUAUCAACACCCCACUUCUUGGGAAUGGACAACAUGAUUCUGAAGCGGAUCUUGGUGGCCGUGAUAUCCCCCGCCCAACUAGCCUCCGGAUGCUCCUAAGCACCCCAUCUCACACCGUCCACCAUUACUGGCGUAAAUUUGAUAACUCUUUUAUGCGUCCUGUGUUUGGUGGGCGGGGAUUUGUACCAGUCAUUCCUGGAUCACCAGUUGAACCGAGUGUACAGCAAUGGCACUGAGAAGACAUCUAGAAAUAUAGGUAAUUUAUGUAUCUUUAGAAAACCAAGCCACGUUCUUUUGAGGUCUGCUUUGCAAUUUAUGGGUGCUUAAGAUUUUAUGUUGGUGAUGCUUCGUGGGCGGGGAUUUUGUAUUCUUCCCCAGUUGAUUGUAAUAUUCUUGUAUUCUUCCCCAG